AAAAUCCGCGGGAAAUUGAACCAGCGGAGCCGGAGGCAACCGUUUCAACAUAGGACGGAGAUAGAGGGAGGGAGGGAGAGCUCUGUUUUAGAGAGAGAAAGAGGCUGUGGAGGUUUUGGGAUAGGGGUGUUAGAGAGGGAGGGAGGAGAGAGAAUGUGAUGAAAGAGUAUAUUCUUUGUCUAACCUGUUAGAGAAUGAUGAGCAGGGGUAGCUGGUUUUGAUCCCAACAGAGAGAAAGCGGAAACCUCCUUCCCCUGCUUCAUCGUCCCUGUCGACCUAUCCCAAUUACGUUACUUAGAGAAACAGAAUAAAUAAAACAAAGAUCUGGGUUUCAUAAUGCUACGUUGGUUGUAACGAAGGCUAUCAAUCAUCUCUACGAGAAAAGGUAGCAGAUGUUUAAGAAGGAAGCACAGGUCUUACGAGUAAAUAUCAAAAUACAAAUUGGGGAAUGUCUUCAAAAGAUAUGGCCCCAAAGAAGCCCAAGAGGCUCUACCAAGCAUGGAAGGGAAGCAACAAUUUUUUUUGUGGUGGGAGAAUGAUCUUUGGUCCCGAUGUUUCAUCGCUGUUUCUAUCCACAUUCCUAAUAGGCGGACCCGCCCUAACAUUUUGCAUACAAAGUUUUGCAAAAGCAAAAGUCCCAGAACAAUUUCUUGGGUAUCCUAUACCAACUGUGGGAUUGAUUGUAACAAUAUUGGAUUUGACAUUUCUUUUCUUGACAUCGGGUAGAGAUCCAGGUAUAGUCCCCAGGAAUGCACGACCUCCAGAAUCAGAAGAAUCUUAUCAUAUGUCUACCUCAUCUAUGGAAUGGGUGAAUGGAAGACUUCCUCAAUUAAGAUUACCCCGUACAAAGGAUGUGAUAAUAAAUGGUCACAUAGUAAAAGUGAAGUUUUGUGAUACUUGUUUGCUUUAUCGUCCACCUCGUGCUUCUCAUUGCUCAAUCUGCAACAAUUGUGUACAGAGGUUUGAUCACCACUGUCCAUGGGUUGGUCAGUGUAUCGGAGUGCGUAACUAUAGGUUUUUCUACAUGUUUAUUUCAUCAUCCACCUUCUUGUGCAUGUAUGUCUUUGUAUUUUCCUGGGUCAAUCUUCUUAAACAAAGGAAUGGGCGGUCACUGUGGAAGACUAUGUCAAAUGAGGUUCUGUCAGUUAUUCUCAUAGUCUACUGCUUCAUAGCAAUCUGGUUUGUUGGUGGGCUAACAAUGUUCCAUUUCUAUCUGAUUUGCACAAACCAGACAACUUAUGAGAACUUUCGGUACCGCUAUGAUAAGAAGGAGAACCCAUAUAAUAAAGGGAUGGCGAGGAACAUUAGAGAACUAUUUUUCUCAAAAAUACCACCUUCGUUGAAUGAUUUCCGUUCAUGGGUGGUGGAGGAUGAUCAGGAAGAAGCAGAAUCUAUUGCUUCAAAGAGGGGUGGAAGCAUCAUUAAUCGAAAAGAAAAAGUUGACCUAGAAAUGAGAAGUAAACUUGCAGAGGAUGGGAGUAUUUCACUUCCUGGAAUACUACAGAAUCUGGAUUACAAUGGUAUUGAAAGUAACUUGAAGAAUAAGGAUGCAAAAGAAGGUAUUGUAUUUGAUCCGUUUUUCUUUCCUGUGGAUCAAGAACAGCGAGAUCCUGGAUGGAACUCUACUGGUGGAGCUAAGACUCUUACAGAUGAAAGGAAUGUACAAAAGAGUUCCCUUCCAACCGAAACACUGGUUGUUCAUGCAUAGAGUGGGUGUCAUCAAAUUCUUCUUUCAACAGAUCCAGUGACAAAAUAUUCAUUAAUGCAGGGUAAAUUGUCAUGUGGGUUUUCCAGAUUCAUCAGAUGACAGUUAUUCGGUGGCUUGGAGAGGCUAUUGGUUUAGUUCUAAAAGUGUAGGGGCUGAACUCAAGCUUAGUGAUGUAAUUUACUGAAUAGAAAGGCAGACACAAUAAUUGAAGUCAUUCUUCUAUUCACUGUAAAGUGUUUAAAGUCUCAUUAAUUGGAAUUAGUAAACUUGGCACACAGAAUGCAGAGUAAUGCCAGAGCCAGCAAUAGAACAAAGGUGCUGUUCUGGAAGUAAAAUGGUCAUAGGUUGUGGUUUUGCUCCUUUUUCUGGACCCAAACUGUACUUUCCUCUCCUUUUUGUAAAAUAUCUAGAGAAAAAUGGUCAUGAUAAGAUGAGAAUGGGUAGAAUCAUUUUUGAAACAGGAAUA